UGUCAGUUUAGUAAUAUGGGUACGAAAAAUGCUUUGAGACCCAUAAAUGAAAAGUGCUGUCUGUGUGAGCUUAGAAUGAGUAUGGUUUAUUAUUGAAAGGAGAUUCAUUUUUGCAAUAUUUUGUGUCCUACUGAGACACAGUGAAUGAGCUCUCAGCUAAUGAACACUCAGCUUGUGAUUGAGCUGCUUUAUUUUGACUGCUAAAGCAGCUCUGAAGUUAACAGCCAUGGGACCAAAUUCUGUUGUCUGCUAAUACUGACAGUGUAAUUAGGAGCAAAAUUUGCUCCAGGAAGUAAAAUCUAUUCAAGGAAGGGUAAAGGUCACUGCAUACACAAUAUCAGUCCACUCAGUAAUAACAUUGCUAUUGGAGACAUGAUGUGGCUUAUCAUUUGAGAUUAAUAUUCCAAUGAGCUUCACUCCCUCUCCAUGUUCAGAGUCAGGUUGUGCACAAGUAGCUGCACAGUAGAAACAGUAGGAAGAGACUGUUUGAAUACAGUAGUUCUAUGGGGCUACUCAUCCUGGCUAUGGGAUCUUCUGGUUGAUACCUGAAGGCCGACUAACUUGCAUAACACCUCUCCACUUAGAUUUACUAAUUACUAUGAGAAGCAUCCUCUCUGUACAUUCCAGUUCUGGUAAAUUGCAGGAACAGCAAGUACCUGCGGUGUCUCCCGCAGGGAGCACACCUCAGCAGUUCUGAGACCUGUUAUGUCUCUCGCAAUAAUACCAGGCAGGCAUUUUCUAGAGGCUGAAUGGGAUUUGCUUUUCUUUCUUUGUUGACUCAGAAACCUGCAUGAUUAGGGCUGGUUACUGAUGUGAGAAUGAGAUGCACAGAAUUUUGCACAUGGAUGUGGACACAGCAGCUGCACCUGAACGGCUUUUGGAAAAACACUUCAAAUGGAUGUAAACAAGCUGAAUAUCACAUUGCUUCGGAUAUUCCGCCAAGGAGUGGCUGCAGCCUUAGGACUAUUACCACAGCAAAUUCAUAUCAACCGACUCAUUGGAGAAAAGAACUGUGUUGAGCUGUUCGUAUCUCCAAUCAAUCAAAAACCAGGAAUUUCUGAGGCACUUCCAUCUGAAGAGGUGUUGCGUUCACUUAAUAUCAAUAUUCUGCAUCAAAGUUUAUCCCACUUUGGAAUUACAGAGGUUUCUCCAGAGAAAAAUGUUUUGCAAGGCCAGCAUGAAGCAGACAAAAUCUGGAGCAAAGAAGGAUUUUAUGCCGUUGUUAUAUUUCUCAGCAUCUUUGUCAUUGUAGUAACAUGUUUCAUGGUUCUAUACAGAUUAAAGGAAAAAAUUCAGUUCUCGCUUCGACAAGAUAAGGAGAAAAAACAGGAGAUCCACCUUUCACCCAUUUCCCUGCAGACAACUCAGUCUGAGUACAAGACAGCAAACAGAAUGGUCCAACCUGAACAGGCUCCUAAAGUUGUAAAUGUCAUAGUGGAUCCUCAAGGCCAAUGUGUUCCUGAGAUCAAACCUCCACUGUCUGCCAGUCCGUCACCUUUCAGAAUGAAACCGGUGGGCCUUCAAGAAAGGCGGGGAUCCAAUGUCUCCCUGACUUUGGACAUGAGCAGUUUGGGAAAUGUCGAACCUUUUGUCGCUGUGCCUACCCCACGAGAAAAAGUAGCAAUGGAAUAUCUACAGUCAGCUAGUCGGGUACUGACAAGACAGCAGCUGAGAGAUACAGUCGCAUGCUCUCACUUGCUUCAAACAGAGUUCAUGGAAAUACCGAUGAAUUUUGUGGAUCCCAAAGAAAUUGCUAUCCCAAGUCACGGAACUAAAAACCGUUAUAAAACAAUUUUGCCAAAUCCACUAAGCAGAGUGUGUUUGAAACCAAAGAAUCCAGCUGACUCCUUGAGCACCUACAUAAAUGCUAAUUACAUUAGGGGUUACAGUGGCAAGGAGAAGUCUUUCAUUGCAACUCAGGGUCCCAUGAUUAAUACCGUGAAUGAUUUCUGGCAGAUGGUUUGGCAAGAAGACAGCCCUGUUAUUGUUAUGAUCACAAAGCUGAAAGAAAAAAAUGAGAAAUGCGUGCUUUAUUGGCCAGAGAAGAGAGGGAUAUAUGGGAAAGUCGAAGUCCUCGUUAACAAUGUUCAAGAGUGUGAGAACUAUACCGUCCGUAAUCUUACAUUAAAGCAAGGGAGUCAGUUCCAAAAUGUGAAACACUAUUGGUACACAUCCUGGCCGGACCACAAAACCCCAGAUAGUGCUCAGCCUCUUUUGCAGCUUAUGCUGGAUGUGGAAGAGGACAGGAUGGCAUCAACUGGCAGAGGGCCUGUAAUUGUGCACUGCAGUGCUGGUAUAGGAAGAACCGGAUGUUUUAUUGCUACCACCAUUGGUUGUCACCAGUUGAAGGAAGAAGGAGUUGUAGAUGCACUAAGCAUUGUCUGCCAGUUACGAGUUGAUAGAGGUGGAAUGGUUCAGACCAGUGAACAAUAUGAAUUUGUGCACCAUGCACUGAGUCUGUAUGAAAGUCGACUCGCUGAAGAAGCAGUCCAGUGAAACCACGAAGGGGGACCAGAAUGUCAGUCUCUUGAGGUAAUUUGUUUCAUUACCUACCAGCAACUUCGUCAAGGAGUUUACUACAGUGGAGAGAGGUGCUUUGACGCCAACUUGUGAAAGGACUAUGGAUGGUUUGGCAAAACUAUAAAGAUAGCCAGACACUUACUGUAUAUGAAUAUAUUGUAAGCAUCCUGAAAUGAUUUUUAAAGAAGGUACUAUACUGAUGCUACAUGUGGAUUUCACGUAUAUAUCUAAAAGGUGGAUUUAUUACUGUAAUAAUAUCUGCUAUACAGAACGUAUGUAUGUGCUACGGCUGCAGUCAGAUGGAAAUUGGAACUUCUUCAGAAGAAAUGUUUUUCUAAGUGUAUAAAUGCUUUAACAUUUGCCAACUCUGUCUUGUGAAUGGACUGUCAGCUGUUAAACUGUACCUGUUAAGUGCUAUUACCUAUUAUGUGGUGAGCUUAUUUCUUGGCCACAUAAAACUCUUGCUGCUAAAGUUGCAAGUGAUUAAUUAUGGAUUUAAGAAGAAAAGUUCUUUUGUUUUGGAAACUGUUCAAAAGCGGUUAUCUUUUAUAUGGAAAUAUCUGUUCUUCAUACUAUUUAGCUAUUUAAUGCAUAUUUAUAAUAAGUCCUAUAAUGCAGUGACAGAGCACAACCUCUGUUAUUCAAUGUAUAUGUAUGUAAUUACUCUAUACUGUUGAUUGUACUCUAUACUGUUAGAAACUGCUUCUGUUCCUGACCUGAAUCCAGUGUAUUUGUAAACUGUAUGAGUCAUUUUACUUUUAAAGGAAACUUUAUAGCAUAUAUUCAAUGGUAAGGAUUUUAAAUAUUUGCCCAUCUUUCACUAAGAGUGGAUUUUUCGAAUAUGUUAUCUCCCUGUUGUAUCACUUCUGUUAAGAGAUGGAUGCCUUUGGAAAGAGGAGCUGUUCUGUUACAGGAAGUUAUACAAAAAAAUGUUUUUAUGAAUGUUUCCUUAUAUUUCUGCAAAGAUUUGUUCAUUAAGAGAAAUGUAAAUCUAGCAUAACUACUUACAGCAACUAGGAUUAAAUCAGUUUUUAAUUCAGUGAUGUUGACUUUGCUUCAUACUGACAAUAAA